GAAUAAAGUAUAUGAAUAAUGAAUAAAUUGGGAAAACUCUUUAGUCGAGUUAAGAUAUAUUUAAGUGUUCAUUUCAUCAAGUUCUUAAAUCCAAAUUGAAAUUGUUCUAUUCCAAAAUCGAAAAUGUCUCCUCCAGAAAAUCAAAUGACAUCCAAUCAAAAUAUUGGUAAAAGUCAUGAAGUUGAUGAUCGAUCAACUGAUUCCUCCAAUGAUUCCCAUCAACCUCGAGUUCCGUUUCGUUUUUACAUUGCUGUUUUUGGCCUUUUCUCAUCUUUAAUGUGUUUCUCUGUUCGAACCAUUUUCAGCUUGGCCAUUCUUGAUAUGCUUGAAUCCGAUUCAGAAACUUUGAAUGCUACCGGACCACCAAGACCAUAUAAAGUGCGUUGGACUAAGGCAGAGCAAGGAGUUGUUCUUGGUGCUUAUUCGUAUACUUAUGCAGGCUUUCAAAUCGUUAGUGGACGCCUUUCGGACAAAUAUGAUGCUGCUCAUGUUAGCACAGUGGCACACAUUUUAUCCCUUCUUUGUACCGCUUUAACGCCUUUGUCUGUUUACGGAGGACUUGGUUGGGCGAUCGCUAUUCGUUUAAUUCAAGGAAUUGUCCAAGCACCAAUGAUCUCAACUCUUUAUGUUAUCUUUUCACGAUGGUUCCCUCCAAAUGAAGUUGGCCUUCCAAUUGCUGGACUACAAAUUGGUUCCAAUAUUGGCUCAGCGUUAGUUAUGCCAAUAACUGCUUGGUUAUGUCCUCUUGAUUCAUACUGGGAAGGAUGGCCGCUGUCGUUUUACCUUUUCUCCUGUAUUAACGCUAUCUUUGUCAUUUUGUGGAUGAUUUUUGUUACCAAAAAUCCAAAGGAUAACAAAUGGGUCUCACAAGCUGAGCUUGAUUACAUAAGGAGUAAAAGAAAAGAUACUGAAAAGAAAAAGAUGAAAGUUGCCUGGUCUGCUAUGCUGCUUUCAAUGCCUUUAUGGUCUGUGACAAUAUCUCGAGCGGCAAAUUCAUUUGCUUACAUGUUAAUGAACUUCAAAGCUCCACAAUAUCUUCAAGAUGAGCUUAACUUCGAUCUUAAAAAUAAUGGAUUUAUCAAUGGACUUUUUUACAUCGCAAUCAUGACAUCCAUGUUUUCCUCUGCUUCAGCGGCCCAAUGGUUGAUAAAAAAAGGUUAUUUUUCCGUUACAACAACUCGAAAAAUAUUCGAAUUCAUCUGUAACGCAGGAUGUGCCAUAUCAACCAUUCUUAUUCCAUUCACUGGUGAAGAUCCAUGGAUCAAAGUGUUUCUUCUUGUCAUGCUGAUGUUUAUGAGAGGCUUUUCAACUGCUGGCGAUCAAUCAAUUAUUUCAGAAAUGGCUCCUGAUGCUUCUGGUUUAGCUUAUGGAAUAUCCAAUACAUUUUCUUCAUCAAUGGGAUUUCUUGCUCCAUUAAUUGCUGGUGUAAUAGUUGAUGCACAUGCUGGCUCAGCUCAUCCAUGGGACAUGGUUUGGAUAUCAUCAGGAAUCGUCUCAAUGAUUGGUGGCACUGUAUUUCUCCUCUUUGCAACAUCUGAACCUCAAUCCUGGGGAAACUUAGACUAUGAACCAGGAAAAUCAAACAAGAAACGUCCCGUAGGCAGAGAAACAAGUGUUAUUCCUUCAUCGGAAGUUUACCAUGUUGAAUCUGACAAUUUAACACUUAAAAGGAAGAAGAAGGAAGUUGCAACUGAAAUUUACACCAUUUCGAAUGCAACACCAAAGAUAGGAUCUGGAACUGUAGAAGAUAAAGUUUAAGUUAGAAAAUCUUUCUCAUUAGAUUUAGAAUUCAGCAUUUUCCUCAUAUGCUGCAAUUCAGAGUUAAUUUCACUUGACUUACAUUUUAUUGAUAAAAAUCAUAUCCAGAAAGUGCUUGAACCCCGUUAAAAGUAGCUUAAUUCAUUGUAAACUUUCAUCGACUUAUCAAAGCAUUGAGAAUUGGUUUGGAAGACCAAUUGAUCACAGUAAAUAUGAAAGUUUGCAAGACACCAAUAUUUACCGGGAUUAUAAAGAAUGGAAGAAUCCCUUAUCCAGCUACCAACUCUUUUCGAUGUAAUUGGAAAAUCGAUUGGAUUCCAUCGAGAAUGAGUAGCUUAAUCCUUUUUUUCUGUGCCGUAAUUUAUAUUAGUAUAAUCGCUAUUGUAUCCAUUGCUAGUUAUCGGUACGGUCGUUAUGAUUCACUACAUGAGGACAAAGUACCAUCUCGUAACAGUAAACUUGAUGUUAAUAAAAAUUUAACAGAGGUACCGACUGAUUCCGAUAUCAGUACUGACCAGGAAGAUGAAGGUCCUAAGCAGAAAGAUCUAGAGCGUGGGUCGACCAAUCAUCUGGAAACCAAGAGAACUAGAAGUAAACGACUUUUGGAUUCUUAUAAAGACCAAACUGAUUCAGAUUCAAAAUCAUCAGACAAUAACAUUAAGUCUCCGGCCCCUAGAAAAAAAUCAUAAAAAAUUAUGUAAUUAAAAGCAAAUUUAGAUGUGACAUUCAAUAAAUCAUUGAAUUAUUAA